GUUAGUGAGAAAGUUUGUGUUGUGAUCCGUCAGAGCCUCUGUGUGUCCGGAUAAACCUGUCUGAAUGGACUUUGUGCUGUUCACCUUUUCUUUCUGGAUGUUUUACCUCUGACUCAUCUCUUGGUAGACUAUAAACACGUUCAAGUUAGCUUAGCAUGCUAGCUGGUUAACACCGCGACGCUAGUCAGAGUGACUGUUUAAUGGAGAGCAAACUGUGUUUCUGACGGAGUUUGUGUGGAGAAAAAGUUGGUGUCACUGUGUGAAAAAUGUCUAAAGUCCAAACGGUGAGAGCGCUGGUGGAGCAGCGACUGACUGCGGCUGCUGAAGAGAUAUUUGGGCUGUUUGAAAGAACGAUAGCAGAGUACGAGGAGCAACUUUGUCGUUCAAAAGAGAAGAACGAGCGACAACAGAAACUACUGGACGCUGUUUUCAACCCUCAGCUUCACUUACAUAGAGCAGACAUUCAGCAGCUGUCGGUGGGUGAAGAAGAGUUUCCCUCUGAGCAGCAGGAGAGGAUCUGCAGUCUGGACCAGGACCAGGAGGAGCCAGAGCCCCCACACAUUAAAGAGGAACAGGAGGAACCUUGGACCAGUCAGGAGGGAGAGCAGCUUCAGGGGCUGGAGGAGGCUGAUAUCACCAAGUUCACAUUCACUCCUGUCCCUGUGAAGAGUGAAGAAGAUGAAGAGAAACCUCAGUCCUCACAGCUUCAUCAAACACAAACUGAACAGAUGGAAACAGAAGCUGAUGAAGAGGACUGUGGAGGACCAGAACCAGACAGGAACUCUGAUCCAGAUCCACAUUUACAACCUGAUACUGCAGACUCUUCUGUACCUGAGACUGAUGACAGUGGUUAUUGGAAGGAGACCAGAGAACCUCAGUCAGGUUUGGACUGUUUGAAAAAAGAUGGCUACCCUGUCAGAGAUUCCUCGUUUCGUGCUGGUGAGAAACGAUUUAGCUGCUCUGAGUGUGGGAAAAGAUUUGGCGACAAGUACGAUCUGAAGAGACACAUGAGAAUCCACACAGGAGAGAAACCUUUCAGCUGCUCAGUUUGUAAGAAAACUUUUACACAGGGUGGAAGUUUAAAGUCACACAUGAGACUCCACACAGGAGAGAGACCUUUCAGCUGCUCAGUUUGUCAGAAAAGUUAUACAGAGAGUAGACAUUUAAAGUCACACAUGAGACUCCACACAGGAGAGAGACCUUUCAGCUGCUCGGUUUGUAAGAAAACUUUUACACUGCGUGGACAUUUAAAGGCACACAUUAGACUCCACACAGGAGAGAGACCUUUCAGCUGCUCAGUUUGUAAGAAAACUUUUACAUGGAGUGGAUCUUUAAAGUCACACAUGAGACUCCACACAGGAGAGAACCCUUUCAGCUGCUCAGUUUGUAAGAAACCUUUUACAGAGAGUAGACAUUUAAAGGCACACAUGAGACUCCACACAUGAGAGAAACCUUUCAGCUGCUCAGUGUGUGCUUAAUCUUUUGCACAAAGUGGGCAUUUAAAGUCACACAUAAGACUCCACACAGGAGAGAAAUCUUUCAUAAAUGUGCUGGCCACUCAUCCUCAAAGUUUCAUCAAACUGAGGAGAGCAAAGAGGCAGAGCCUCCAGCCAGCAGCCCACAUGAAGAGAUGUAAACCUCUUUUUCAAUCUUUUUGAAGGAUUCGAAAAGAUUUUCAAGUUUUUUUUAAAUGCUACAAAGCUUGUAGUAACUUUUAUAAAUAUUUUUUUCUGUUCGUAUAAAAUGUACCUACAAUAUAAUUAAACAAUACUUUCUUUUCCAUGGUGAGAUAUGAUUUUAAUUUCUUCUUUGUUUAUUUUUAUUUUAUUUUUUUACAAAACAAAAGCUCACCCACUGAUAUUUUAAUUCAAUAUUUGAUUAUAGAAGUGUAAGAAUUACAACUUUAUUUUUUUUUAACAGCAGAAC